CACAGCGUCACUGCGCGCUGCCUCCUCCCGCCCGGAGCUCACCGUGUUCGGCUCCUCCUGACGUGGCGAUCCGCUAAAGGUCCGCCGGUUCUUCCGUGGGCUGCUGUGAUUGGGUGGAUGAUCUUUCGGGCAAUAUUGACGGAAAAUUUAAAUACGCAGGUGGUACCGGCGGCAUGGGACGGGAGUUUGCUUUAUGUAAAUAAAACAGAAGUGAAACCGUGUCACUCUGAUCCGGUCCCAGGGCGCAAACAGGCGCGAUGUUUGGCAGAUAGUUGGAGGAAAGUUUGGAUUUUAAACUCGAGGUGCGCGGUCAUGCCUCAGCUCUCGGCCACCGCGGUGCUGCAGCUCGUGCUGCUGCUCUCCGCCGUGCCCGCGCAGUACUUCAUCUCCCGCUGGAGCGGCUCCACGCCUGCGCAGCGCUUUCACGCGAGCACGAGGUUGCUCAGAAUUUGGAGAGACUGGAGAGCGUCAUACCUCAGCAGCACAGUGUGGAGGGACUGGGCAAACCAGCAGAUGUCCAAAGUCAUGUCUUUGCUCGGCUUGGAGGAGAAAGUGCCUCUCGACUCGCCUGCCAUCGAGGAAAUGAUUUAUGACAACGACCAGGAUUUCUUUGGAGCCUCGAAGACGGUGCGCAGCCCUCGCCCUCCGUAUGUGUUUCUGCGGGUCGGAGAGGUGGUGAUGGAGAGGAAGGGCCACAUGGUGGGCGUGGUGGUGAGCUGGGACCCCGAGAUGCGAGCGCCUCCUCAGUGGGUCGACAAAGUGUACUCCAGUGCUGAGGGCCUCAAAGCAGAGAAGACCCCUCAUUAUAAAGUGUUGUUCAGCGGGCCGGGGCCCUCCUCCAUCAUGGUUGGAUACUUGCCUCAGACACAACUGGAGCGCAUCACUGGGAUGAGGCCGGACAUUCCCACCUUGGAGAAAUACUUCACACAUUUUGACGGCGAGCGGUUCAUCAUGCAGCCCUGGCUCAAAGAGCUGUACCCCGAGGACGGGAAGGAGGAGGACUGACUGCUCGGCUGCGUGUGUUCAUAGAGGUGACACCAGAUAUGAGAGAGCGUGGACAUGGCUUCGGUGUGUUUCUCACCUUUUAAAGGUUUCUUGAAUCUGUCAGUGUUGAAAUGAGUGAAAGUCUCAUAAUUGAGCAGAUCGAGGAUCAUUUCUCGAUGUGACGGUGUCUUUUGUGGAUCUGAAGUAACUCUGAGACUCACUCAUGAACUGUUCUUUAUUUCUUUGAGAUGUAAAAAUAUAAAAAUGUUAAUUUCAUGUGCCAAAAAAAAUGAGCAAAUCCAACGCAAACAAUUAACUUAAAGGGACAUUUCACCCAAACAUAAAAAAUACGUAUUUUUCCUCUUUCCCGUGGUGCUCUUCAUCAGUCUGAAUAGUUUCGGUGUGAGCUGCUGCAGGUUUCGGCUGUAGAGAUGUCGUCCUUCUCUCCAAUAUACUGGAACUAGAUGGCUCUCGGCUUGUAGUGCUCAAAAAAAUACAUUUUAAAGACUCAACAGCAGUGUCUCUUCCCAAAAAAUCAUGACCCGGUUACUGAAGAUAAUCCACAGACGUCAGUGAGAGCAGUUUCAUGUAGGAACUAUUUUCUCUCUAUCAAAAUUCACCUGCCAAGUGUUCAAACAUGCAGAUUCACAGCAAGGUAAAACGCUGAAAAUGUUCUUUAUGUAACGUAGGCAACAUUUGUCUUUUUAUUUAAUUUUUUUUUUUUUUUUAGGUGGCUUAAAACUAAUCAAUGAAGGCGGAGUUUGAUUAUCUGUAGGUGACGCAGCAGUUUUCUGUCCCGAAGUUAUUAAUAAUAUACGUAAGUUUAUUGCAAUCAGCUGAAAGAGGGCAUAUCUCCACCUGCCGUGACAGAGUCGGACAUACGUCCAUCUAGAAACGGAUUCUUCCCUGGUGGUUCAAUUUAAUGGCGUAAUCAAGUUUUAUUCGUAGCUUGACUAAACUGCAUGUAAACGUACUGAAUGUUGACAUUAUGGCCAUCAAGACAAAUAAAUGCAUGGAAAAACCUGCAGGGGCCGCUAAGUGUAGCAAUUUAAUUUUUAUUCAAACUUAAAAAAAAGUCUAAAUUGAUAAAUAGCAUGGUUUUUUUUUUCAUUUUGGGGUGAACUGUCCCUUUAACGUGUGCCUGAUUUUACUGAUUUGAAGUUAAAUUAUGCCCGCAAAUGCUUAAAAUGACAAAACUGCUUUAAAAUCUGAAGUUCUUUUUCUGUUUACAAAACUGUGUUGGCUGAGGAAGAAAAAAAAAAAGCACUUUUAUUCAGCCAUCACAGCCGAGCAAUAAAAUACUUCAAACUGUGA